AGGGGCGGAUCGCUAUUUUCGGCUGCGAACCGAUAUGGAUAAAGGGACCCCACAGAGCCGGCACUGUGCCACUCGCCGCUCUCGGUCUCUUGCACGACGUACGCCCUAAGCGACCAUUGCCGAUCUCUCGACUCAUUAGCGAACGUAGGUAACACUAAUACUCAAACAAGAUGUGUGAUGAUGAUGUUGCGGCACUAGUCGUGGACAAUGGGUCCGGUAUGUGCAAGGCGGGAUUCGCUGGAGAUGACGCACCGCGUGCUGUCUUCCCCAGCAUUGUUGGCCGCCCACGUCAUCAGGGUGUGAUGGUCGGUAUGGGUCAGAAAGACAGCUACGUAGGAGACGAGGCCCAAAGUAAAAGAGGUAUACUUACCUUAAAGUAUCCUAUAGAACACGGUAUCAUUACCAAUUGGGAUGAUAUGGAGAAGAUUUGGCAUCACACCUUCUACAACGAAUUGCGAGUCGCUCCUGAGGAACAUCCAGUCCUUCUCACCGAGGCUCCUCUGAACCCGAAAGCUAACCGUGAAAAGAUGACCCAGAUCAUGUUCGAAACCUUCAACAGCCCGGCCAUGUACGUCGCCAUCCAGGCCGUGCUCUCCCUGUACGCUUCCGGUCGUACCACCGGUAUCGUCUUGGACUCCGGAGAUGGUGUCUCGCACACCGUACCCAUCUACGAAGGUUACGCCCUUCCUCACGCCAUCCUCCGACUGGAUUUGGCCGGUCGCGAUUUGACCGACUACCUCAUGAAGAUCCUUACCGAGAGAGGUUACAGCUUCACGACCACGGCUGAGCGAGAAAUCGUGCGCGACAUCAAGGAGAAACUUUGCUAUGUCGCCCUGGACUUCGAACAGGAAAUGGCCACCGCUGCUGCCAGCACCUCCCUCGAGAAGAGCUACGAGUUGCCCGAUGGACAGGUGAUCACCAUCGGUAACGAGAGGUUCCGUUGUCCAGAAGCCCUGUUCCAACCUUCCUUCCUGGGUAUGGAAUCUUGCGGUAUCCAUGAAACCGUCUACAACUCCAUCAUGAAGUGCGACGUCGACAUCCGUAAGGAUCUGUACGCCAACACCGUACUCUCUGGCGGUACCACCAUGUACCCCGGUAUUGCCGAUCGUAUGCAGAAAGAAAUCACUGCCCUGGCCCCAUCGACCAUCAAAAUCAAGAUCAUCGCUCCCCCCGAGAGGAAAUACUCCGUAUGGAUCGGUGGAUCCAUCUUGGCCUCCUUGUCCACCUUCCAACAGAUGUGGAUCUCCAAGCAGGAGUACGACGAGUCCGGACCUGGCAUCGUGCACCGCAAGUGCUUCUAAGGUGGUGCACCCAUCACAGGGGUUCAUGAUUUUCACCUGCUUUCUUUUCUUUUUUUUUUCUAUUCGUGCUCGAGCUGUGACCCUUUCACGUAUGGAUUCACCGAUGCCAAGGGGAAGAAAGAGAGAAGAAGGUAGAAUGGGGGAAAACGAGAUUUGGGAAAGGAAAAUUACUGAAGUGCCUUUAUUCUACACAUUUAUCAGACUGUACUUUACUUUUUAGUUUGUACAACAUGACUGUUUGUUAUU